AUGAUAAAAGCGAACGCCCAGAAGCGGCGGAAAUUAUCCACCAUCUCCAGCGGGACGGUCGGCACGCCGCACAAGGACGGCCCACCACCGACACGGGGUCGGCUGCGGGAGCGGUACCGCUUCAAGGAGGAGCUGCUGCAGCUGCUCAACAGCAUCACCGCCCACUGCUACCGACAGCUGGCGCAGAAAGAUCGCAGCCUCUCGGAGCGGCUGUUCUGGCUGCUGAUGCUAAUCCUCGAGGCGGCCACACUGAUCGCGAUCAUCAUCUCGGCCUGGGGGAAGUUUACGGCCAACCCGCUGAUAACGACGCUGCACGAUACGAUCUACCCGAUCGUGCUGGUACCGUUUCCGGCGAUCUCGCUCUGCAACAACAAUCGCAUCUCGCGUGCCGCCGCCGUCCGGUACGCCGGCCAGCUGGCCGGGCGGGAUGCCGAGCGGCGCAACGCGAGCUACUUUCUCGAGCAGAUCGCCCUGCUCGGCAAGCUGUACGACUUUGACUACGAAAAUCUGCACCAGAUGACCAGGCUGCAGGAGUUUCUCGAUCUGAACGAUGUGAGCAACAGCACCGGCAUGUACAAUGCGCUGGAAACGCUCGAAAAGCUAUCGCCCCGGUGUGAGGAUAUGCUGCUGCGCUGCUUUUGGAAAAGCAUCGAGCUGCCGUGCAUGCUGCGGAACGAUAUGAUCGAGGUGCGCCGCACGCAGUACGGAUUUUGCUGCACGUUCAACUUUAUCGGCCACACCGAAGAUAACGAGAUUCAUCCGCCGUCGUACUUUUUGGACGUUACUGGACCGGAAAUGGGAUUGGUGCUACUGCUGAAUGGCUCCUCUAAUGACUAUUUCUACAACUUGUUCAACAACAUCGGCUUCAACCUGCAAAUUUUCAACCCGCACGAGGUCCCGGACAGUACCGCCGGCGGGGUAAACGAGCAAUUCGUCCACCUCGGCACGGAAACGUUCAUCCGGGUUGAUGCCAUCACCAUCAACAGUGAGCCGGAUGUGCUGCGCUACUCGAGACAGAAGCGCCAGUGCGUGUUCCGCAACGAGCUGCUGAAGUACGGUGCCAACUAUGGCCGCAGCAAUUGUGUCGCCGCCUGCCGGCUCCGGAGCGUGAUGGCGCUGUGCGAGUGCGUACCGUUCUACAUGCCGACGGCGGGUGCGACGGCCAGCAGCAAAUCCAUAACGACCUGCAAUCUCCAGCACAUCGCCUGCCUGAGCAAGUACAAGAUCAAAUGGUCAACCGUGAUAACGGACAUCGUGCAGAUACCGGGGCUGGAGAAGGAGAUGGAGGAGUCGCUCUACUGUCCGGAGUGUUUGCCGUCCUGCUCGGCGAGCAAGUAUCAGAUCACUGCCUCCAACCUGCCGCUGGUGCGAUCCCGGCGGGACGGCUUCAGCGUGACGGCCGGCAUCGACAACGUGGCGGACGUCGCGGUGGUGCGCAUCUUCUUCGGCCAGCCGGAAACGUGGAUGUACAAGCAGAACGUGGCCUACUACUGGUUCGAGAUAUUCAGCAACUUUGGCGGUAUGUUCGGCAUCAUGGCCGGCAUGUCGCUGAUAACCCUAAUGGAGGUUGUUUACUUUGUCGGCCGGCAGCUGGUGCUGGUGUUUGCGACCCGCUCGUGGAGUGCCGGGGCGCUCCGGUCGCGCAAGCCGAACCUAGAGCUACUGCAGUAAAGUUCAGUGUGUGUUUGUUGGAGUUGGUUGUCUAGUGGUAAAACACACACACGCAGAGAAACAAACAAAAAAUAAUGCUUAUGCCAAAAACAUAGCAAAGCUACGUUACGGGGCAUUGUUUUUCGCACUCCAAUUAACACUCGACGGAACAAGAGCUGGCUGGCCGCAAGGACCCAUUUUGCCCAUAUCAACAAAUGCUUUGCACGCUCCGUUUCGGGGGGGAAUGCUCGAGAUUGUGCGGCUUUUAGUGACUGUUUUAGUGGCGCAGUGGGGCAUGUGUACGCAGCGGCCAACCACACCGAAUUGUGGACGAAUUGGUCGUGGCAAGUGUCCAGCGGUGGUAUUUAAUUUAUUCACCAGCACUUUAAAUGAGUACAGCAGCUAAGCGCACCCCGGACAUGAUGACACAACGCUGAGGUAGCGGCACUGGGUAACACAGAAGGAUAAAUAAAACAGUUUCAGCACUUCUUGCAGCCUUAUGUUGAGGGUUGUUUUUCAAUACUAAGAAAGAAGCUCUGAUUUAACAAACUAAACUGUUACAUGGUUGGUAUUAGUGGUGGGCGCUCGGAAGAGGACCUACCC